GUUUAGCUCCUCCCCCAUCCAGUUACAUGGCCACGCCCCUCACUUUUGGCCUCACCCUCUCAGCUGACUUGGUCUCUAUAAAAGGGUCACCUGUGUCGCAGGAUCAGAACGCAGUGUCCAUCAGGGACUCUCCCUCUGCAUUGCCAUUCCUCAAUAUAAAACCAUGUCAUCCAGGUCCGUUCUGGGGUUCUCCAGCAGCAGGCAGGCCUCCAUAUCCAGCCUGUCUCUGAGGGAUGCUGGACACAUCCGCUCCAGGGCACCCGUUGCCGCUUCCACCUCCGUCAGUAACGUCUCCAUGUCCCGCUCCCUGUCCGUGGGCAACGGCCUCAACUCCCUGGGAAGUCUGUCCCUCAAUGGCGUGGGAGUCAUGGGCAACGACAAGGAGACCAUGCAAGGUCUUAACGACCGUCUUGCUAAGUACUUGAAUAAGGUACGUUCCCUGGAGAGGUCCAAUUCCGAGCUGGAGCAGAAGAUCAAACAGCUGAUGAUGGAACGAGCUCCCAGGGGACGGGACAUCGAGGCCAUGAUGAUCGAGGCGAGAGCACUUUCAAAUGAGGUGAAAAACAAGACCAUGGAGAAUGCACGCAUUUUGCUGGAGAUCGACAAUGCCAAGCUGGCUGCAGAUGACUUCAGAAUCAAAUGGGAGGCCGAGGCUGCCCUUUGCCAGUCGGUGGAGAGAGACUGCGUGGCGUUGAGGAAAGCAAAGUCAGACCAUGAGCAGAUCAUUGUUAUGCUAAAGGGAGACUUGGACAACCUCAGGGAGGAGCUGUUCUUCAUGAAGAAGAACCACGAUGAGGAAAUGGCUGCCCUAAAGGCCCGUCUGUCUGGCGGAAACGUGAACGUAGAGGUGGAAUCAGCUCAGGGGCCCGACCUCGGUGGCAUCCUGUCCGAGCUGAGGAUCCAGUACGAAGGAAUUAUUCGUAAGAAUAAGGACGAGGCGGAGCUCUGGUUCAAAAAAAAGCUAGAGCCGGUGCAGAGCGAACUGAAGGGGAACAACGAGGCCCUGGUGGCCUCCCAGAGCGAGCUCACUGAACGACGGCGCUAUCUGCAGGUCCUGGAGGUGGAGCUGGACAGCUUGCGGAAGCAGCUGGCUGUCCUCGAGGGGAACCUGGGCGAGACCAACCAUAAAUAUUCCUUGGAAAUGGAGCGACUGCAGACUAUCCUCUUGCAGCUGGAGGACGAACUGUCCCAGCUGCGGCUGGACAUGCAGCGCAACAAGGCAGAGUACGAACAGCUGUUACGCGUCAAGCAGAACCUGGAGCUGGAGAUCGCCACCUACAGGAGGCUGCUGGAAGGCGAGGAAAUGUCUGGAAGUAAGGUCACUCAGGUGACUCAGGUGACUCAGGUGAAAGCACAUAUCCCACCUAAGGUCAAGGAGACACCUCCACCACCUCCACCUCCCCCCAAGAAGGAAAUCAGGACCAGGAAGAUUGUGAAGGUGAUCACCCAGACCAUGGUUGAUGGCAAAGUGGUGGAAGAAUCCAGCGAAGUGGAGAAUGUCGAAGAAUCGAAAAACUGAGAGGGGCUGGGGCUGGGCUCCUUAUUGCCCAUGUCAGUUUGGAACAUUACAUCCCAUUCUCUUCCCAGUUUCAUACUUCCUUGUGGAGAGCAUUAUAAAGAAUGGGUACUCCACAGUUCUGCACUAUGCUUGGCUCAGACCUGUGGCCCUUUCUGUCUCUGUCCAGGAAUUUCUCCCACACUAACACCCUGACCCUGUGACUGCCUCCUGCCUUGGUUUAAAGCAACUAACUAUAUAUCAGGUUAUAUGAGACUCUUCUCCAUCUUUGUCUGCUUUCAACUUGCUAAUUGUGUUAAUCAGCUGAAAUCCAUAAUAAAUCUACACAAGUCUUC